CUGUCCUUUUUCUCCUCCAAUAGAUUUGGCUGAACUCUUUUCAGUUCUCCGUCGUCGAAAGCAACUGUUGUAUUACCUUUCGUUCAACGCGGCUCUUUCAGCCAUACUUCGCUGAUACAGUGGAUUGUUGGAAACUCGAAUGAAUGGCAAUUGUGCCUUUCAAGGUUGAUUGCUCUGGUGAGCGGAUCAGAGAGGCAGGGUAGUAUCAAACGCGUUCAAGGCAGAAGUGGCAGCUGGUAUGUCUAAUCAUCAUUUUUUGCACGCUAUAAAACGGCACACGGUCUCUUGCAACAACUAUGGACUCAUUACAGACCCCCAUUCCUGUUCUUGCAUCAACCCAAGAAAACUCGAGGUGCACCACGUUUUGCCCGCCAGUGCUGGAUGGAUCAUUGACUAUAUUGGAUAUGUGCGAUUGGCAUCGCAAGCACUCCUCUCAUCAUCGUCUAUUCCUCUUUCCCCACUCAGAUGGCUCCGUGCGUACAAUAACAUGGAGUGAUGCUGUCGAUGCCAUCUAUCGUGGAGUAUAUAUCAUUCAAGACCGUGUCAAGAUCUACAAUUCAUCUGAAGCCUCGACUCCAGUGGUUGCGAUCCUCGCCCAGUCAGAGACCAUGUCCUACAGCCUCACUAAACUGAGCAUCAUGCGUUCCAACUUCAUUCCGUUCCUCAUAUCUCCCCGUAACUCGCCUGAAAGUGUUGCCCAUUUGCUGGCAACAGCUGGCGUUCAACAUGUGCUAGUCAGCGGGGAUGCCACGUGCAGUACACUCGUCGAAGCCGCCCUAGCGAUCCUGAAACGUGAAACUAGCGAUAGCCCUUCAUCGCUUCCUAUUAGCAUCACUUCCUCCCCUAUGCUAGUUUUCGAUGAUCUCUUUCCAAAUACAACAGAGGACCACAUCGAAUCUUUUCAACCCGACCCAAUCCUGCGCAAAAAACUUGAGGAUGUCGUCGUCUAUGUACAUACUUCCGGGUCUACUUCUCAUCCCAAGAUCAUCCCGUGGACCAACCGAAAAUUGAUCGAAGUCGGAAUCGCUCCACACUAUGGUGCAGUGGAUAUGACGAACUCCGUCGUCUCUAUCCACAGCUUGCCAAUGUCUCAUAGUUUUGCCUGCUUCCUGUUCUACAUCGCAGUCACUACCGGGUAUGUGCUAGCCUGUUUUCAGCCUCAGGUAACGCCCGUAGUGCCCACCGCGGACAACAUCCUCACGGCAAGCGAGGCGACAGACUGCGACUACGUAUUCACUGUUCCAAGCGUUGGCGAGGAGUGGGCGCGCCGCCCUGAACGACUCAAAUGGCUGGCGACGAAAGGCGGUCUCGUAGUGGGAGGAGGUCCGCUCAGUAAAGAAGCUGGAGACAAGCUGGCAGCAGAGGCCAUCCCGGUCAUUGUAUUGUUCGGCUUGACUGAAAUUGGGCCAGUCAGCCCUUUCCUCUCAAGGCCAAUGACGAAAGACUGGGAGUAUUUUGAGUUGGGCCGACACUGCAAGACCCGGCUUAUCUCUCAAAACGAUGGAACUUAUGAGUUGAUCCUUCUGCCAUCUCCCACCUGUAUACCCUCCGUCUAUAACAUCAAAGUUGACGGGAUGGACGGGUAUACUACCUCGGACCUUCUGGCCCCCCAUCCCACCGAGAAAGGCUAUUGGAGAGUGUUUGGGCGGAGCGAUGACCUGAUUGUUCAUGCUAAUGGGGAAAAGACUAACCCCGGCCCGUUGGAAGCGAUUUUGAAAAAGGAUCCUCAUAUCCGUUCGGUCAUUCUUUUCGGAAGGGGUCAGUUACAGGUCGGUGUCCUGGUCGAACCGGAAAAUCCGAAGAGCUUCAAGAACCUUGAUGAAUUUAGAAACACUAUAUGGCCAACAGUAGAGAAGAUGAACGCCUUCGCGCCACAACAUUCGAGGUUAUUCAAGGAGAUGAUCCUGAUUGCUGACGCGGCCAAACCAUUUAGAUAUACGGCCAAAGGCUCAGUGAGGCGACAGCUCCUUCUGAAGGACUAUGAGGAUGAAAUAUCCAAGUUAUACGAAGAUGUCGAAACCAGCACACAGCCAGACAUACCCGCGCCGUCUCAUUGGGACACCAUCUCCUGCAGGAACUUUGUUCGUAAAGUCGUAAGGAGUGUGUUGCCAAAUGGGGUGGGAGAUGAUGAUGACCUGUUUUUGCACGGGUGUGAUAGCCUUCGCGCGACAUGGAUACGAAAUACGACUCUCCGGGGUAUACGCAACACAACCAAGCUAGAUACACGACAGGCAGCCUGGAAUAUGGUCUACGAAUACCCCACCAUCGCAGAGCUCGGCCGUUAUCUGCUUCAUGUGGUAACCCAUCGAAGCUUUUCGGUGCAUGGAGAGGACAUGAUCUCGCCAGAGGAAUCCACAAUCCAAACUAUGCAACGUUUAGUCGAGAACUAUUCCGGUCGUCUUCCAGAUUCCCCCUGUAACGCAGGGAAAGGCACAUGCAAGAAUAAAGUGGUUCUGUUGACAGGCUCUACUGGUGCAUUUGGAUCCUUUAUUCUCGCCAGUCUGAUCCCGGAUGGAGACGUGUCCCGAGUCUACGCGUUGAAUCGUGCCAAAGGUUCCAAUUUUGAUCCCAUCGGUAUUAGACAACAGAAGGCGUUCCGGGAGAGAGGUCUGGAUGAAAAACUCCUCUUAUCGGAGAAACUCGAGUUAUUAGAGGGGAACCUGUUGGAAGAUGGUUUUGGGCUACAGUUGACUGUUCUUCAGGAGAUGCAACAGUCGGUUACCCAUAUCAUUCACAAUGCUUGGCCUGUCAAUUUCAAUCUCAGUCUAAAAUCGUUUGAACCGGCGAUAAUGGGUUUGCAGAGCCUCCUCGAUCUCGCGAUCAAACACGGGUCCCACUUCCUCUUCGUUAGCUCCGUCGGAGUCUUGAGUAAUGCAUCGGAAAACGGUACCAUGCCCGAAACCUCUACUCGUCCGCAAACCGCUCUGGGAAAUGGAUAUGCAGAAUCGAAGUGGGUCUCGGAAGAGAUCGUAUUGAGGGCUUCUCGGGAGCGUGGACUGUGUGCUGUUAUUGCGCGUGUGGGCCAGGUGUGCGGGAGCAGCGAGAACGGUGCUUGGAGUACACAAGAAUGGGCACCUGCUUUGAUUCAGGGCUCAGCUAAGCUAGGAUGUAUCCCUACCGAUGGCCGAAUAGUGACCUGGAUAACUCCGCAUGUGGCUUCUCGCGCUAUCGUCGAUUUUCUCGACGUCGCUGCGACUUCUGGCAGUGGGAGCAUAAUGCACGUCAGGAAUCCCAAUCCAAUAUCUUGGGCAUCUCUGGCGAAGAUGAUAGCGACGGAGCUGAAGCUGGAGACAGUCUCAUAUGAGGAGUGGUUGAAUAGGCUCGAAUCAAGGUGGAUUAAUGGACGGGGAAAAAAUGAAGAAAUUCGUGCAAUUUGUCUCUUAACGUUCUUUAGAGCUUUACUUGGCACCAGCGAUUCAGAGACGCGUGAAGCGUUUGGAAUGCCGCUUAUGGAUAUUCGGAAUGCGGUGGAUGCCUCUCGGACAUUGGCUGACAGUGAAGUGGAGAAACUGGGAGAGGUUGAUGUGAAGCGUUGGAUUGGGCAUUGGAAGAAAGUGGGAUUCGUGUGAUGGUCAAUGUCUCUAAUCUGGUUUGCUGCGCUAUCGAUAUCAGUUCAAGUCAACGAACAAACGGAAUGUUUUGAUUAUUAUUAUUUACUACUUAAUACAUAAUCGUAAAUAUCUA